UAAGCCUCAAGUGUUUUUUGCUCUCCACUUCCAUAGUUUCAUUACCAAAAAAACAGAGUGAAAAACAGAGGAUUUACAGGGGAAAUCUUAUAAAUCCUUCAAAAAAUCCAAUGGAAUCUUUCCAUUUUCACUCACCGAAUUCGAACUGCUCAUCGGAAUCUUCGUUUGGGUCACCGGAAUUUUUCCCUUUAGAUCACAACUCGCUUCCCUUCAACGAAAACGACUCAGAGGAAAUGCUUUUGUAUGGUCUAUUAGCAGAGGCUAAACAGGAAACAUCAUCAGAGCUAACAUACCCGAAUCAAGUGAAAGAAGAAGAGGUUACCUCGAUUGACAUCGAAAGCCCGACGAAAGAAAAGGCUUACCGAGGGGUAAGACGGCGGCCAUGGGGAAAGUUCGCGGCGGAGAUAAGGGAUUCAACGAGGAAUGGGGUAAGGGUAUGGCUCGGAACAUUCGACAGCGCGGAAGCGGCAGCUCUGGCUUACGAUCAAGCCGCUUUCGCGAUGAGAGGCUCCGCCGCUAUCCUGAAUUUCCCGGUGGAAAAAGUGCGGGAAUCGCUGAGGGAAAUGAAGUGCAAUCAGGAGGACGGAGGUUCGCCAGUGGUGGCUUUAAAGAGGAAACACUCGAUGAGGAGGAAAAUGGUGAGCAGAAACAAGAAGGAAAGAGAAAGCGGCGGUGUGAGGAUAAACAAUGCGGUGGUGUUUGAGGAUUUAGGGCCUGAUUUCUUGGAACAGCUUCUCACUACUUGUGAUCAAGCUGCUACACCUUGGUGAAUGAAUAUUGCAUUAAAUACAAUAUAUAUUAUUCACCAAAAAAAAUUACAAUAUAUAUUUAUAUUAAUCUAUUUCUAGUUAUAGUCAUUUCUUUUUCUUUUUCUUUUUGCCAUGAAUUUUGGUUUGUUUUUAGAAUCUUCAUUUGUAAAUUUAAAGUGUAAAAAUGGUUUAGCAUUUUGAUUUUCUUUUCUCUAAA